UUGUGUACAGUUGUUUAAUAUUAUACUGGAUGUAUAGUAGUAUACUUUUGUCAUUUUUUUCGUUAUCAGCGACGUGAUAGUUGAUAUCAGAGUGAUUGACAACUGUUCUUUGUCUUAUUGGGAGGUUGUACAACUUCCGCAUGUACGUGUGAUGAGCGGCUGACUACCAAUCUUGCGUCAUGUGUUCAUGUGUUGCGCUGACGUUACUUUUUAGGCAUUCCGAUAACGUCUGGGAAACGAUUUAUGAGUACUUAGCAUUACGUAUAUUGACAGUAUUGAUCUACACCUUACUGUAUCAACCACCUCCAUAAGUGUAGGCGUGCUGGCUGCGACACAUCUCAGUUCAUACCAGAGCUUUGAUCGUUUUCCGUGUCUGUCGUAUAGUGAUGGCUAAACGCACUCAGCCAAAUUGGAAACCACCAGAACUUGCUGAAGGGCCAAAAUUAAGGCUUUACAACAGCCUUACAAGGCAAAAGGAAGUGUUCAUACCUCAAAAUGGACGAGAAAUUAAAUGGUAUAGUUGUGGACCUACGGUCUAUGAUGCAUCGCACAUGGGCCACGCCAGGUCAUAUAUCUCAUUUGAUAUUCUUCGCCGUGUACUCUCUAAUUAUUUUGGGUACGAUGUGAAAUAUGUAAUGAACAUUACAGAUAUUGAUGAUAAGAUUAUCAAACGUGCUCGUCAGAAUUACUUGUAUGAACGAUAUGAGUCUGAGAACAAAGAACUUCCACUAAUACUGAAUGAUGUAAAGGGAGUGAUGGAACAGAUGCAAGGGUGGGUUUCUGCUGCAGAGGAUCCUGAUCGAAAAGCAAUGCUUGAGAAAAUGCUUUCUCGUAUGAGUGAUGCAGUAAGUGAUCUCGAAGAUGCAGUGAAAAGAAAUGACAAUAUUGCCACUCAGGAAGCACAGAAACUGCUGCUGAAGGAAGCUAGAGAUCCACUUGCAGAAUGGCUGGAUCAACGAGAAGGAGCAUCUGUUAAUGACAUCUCGAUAUUUGCAAAAUUAUCGCGACACUGGGAAUCUGAAUUUCACAAAGAUAUGGAUGCAUUAAAUGUCCUCCGUCCAAAUGUUCUUACUCGUGUGAGUGAGUAUAUUCCUGAAAUAAUAAAUUAUAUUGAGAAGAUAAUAGCAAAUGGCAUAGCCUAUGAAUCCAAUGGCUCUGUAUAUUUUGAUGUUGCGGCUUUUGAUGCCAGAAAGAACCAUUUUUAUGCAAAAUUGGUUCCUGAAGCAUAUGGGGAUGCAAAGUCACUUCAGGAUGGUGAAGGUGACCUGUGUAUAUCAGAAGAUCGACUGAAAGAGAAACGUUCUGCAAAUGACUUUGCUCUGUGGAAAAAGUCAAAAGCAGGAGAGCCGUGGUGGGACUCGCCAUGGGGUCAUGGUCGCCCAGGGUGGCAUAUUGAGUGCUCUGUAAUGGCAUCUAAUAUUCUUGGUGAAUCAAUGGACAUUCACACAGGAGGUGUUGACCUACGUUUCCCACACCAUGACAAUGAACUAGCCCAGGCUGAGGCCUACUAUGACAAUAGUCACUGGGUCCGAUAUUUUCUACAUUCAGGUCAUUUAACGAUUGCUGGCUGCAAAAUGUCAAAAUCUUUGAAGAAUUUUGUAACAAUACACGAUGCUUUGAAGAAACAUUCAGCAAGACAACUGAGAUUUGCUUUUCUUCUACAUUCAUGGAAAGACACAUUGGAUUACAGUAGUAAUACCAUGGAAAUGGCUGCACAAUAUGAGAAGAUGCUUAAUGAGUUUUUCCUCACUGUGAAAGAUAUGAGUCGCUGCACUCUCGCAGAAACAAAUUUGGAUUCCUUCCAAAAAUGGAGAGAGGAAGAGCACUCACUCAGUGAAAGAUUCUUGGCAACAAGAGAUGGAGUGCAUGCUGCUUUGUGUGACAAUAUAGACACACGAACAGCACUCGAUCACGUCCGAGAACUUGUAGCUGUAUGUAAUGUCUAUCAACGAAAUUGCCGUUCUGUGGGACGUGAGAGUAAUUGUGUUCUGUUAUGGGAUAUUGCAAGCUACAUUACAAAACUGAUGAAAAUUUUUGGUACCAUCCCAGAUGAUGGCUCCUUAGGUUUUCCAGCAUCUUCUGUUUCAUCAAGCCAGAAUGUAGAGCAGAUAGUCAUGCCUUACUUGACAAUACUAUCUGAAUUCCGUGACAGUGUAAGGUCAUUAGCACGGCAGUUAAAAGCAUCAUCAAUUUUGUCAGAAUGUGAUAGGCUCAGAGAUGAAAUUUUACCCGAUGUGGGAGUGCGCAUUGAAGAUUUAGAAGGAAGAGCAUCUGCUAUCAAGCUGGUUGAUAGGGAGACACUAUUGGCAGAACGCGAGGCCCGACGAAAGCAGGAGGCAGAGAAGGCUGCAGAAAAGGAGCGAAAAAAGGCUGAAAUGGCAGCUGCUCAGGCAGCAAAAGACGCUCAGCGCAAAAUCCCUCCCUGGGAUAUGUUCAAGCAUGAAACUGAUAAAUAUUCUCAAUUUGAUGAAAAGGGCAUUCCUACCCAUGAUAAAGAAGGGAAAGAGCUAAGCAAAGGUCAGAUCAAAAAACUACAGAAGCUUCAGCAGGCUCAGGAGAAAAAAUACAAUGAUUAUUUAUCCUCACUCAAAGAGAAUAGUCUUCCAAAUGGACUCUGAUAUUGAAGAAGUAGAAGAAACAGAGAUUUGUAUUUCUGUUCUGUCAUGUGAACUGAUAUUUAUUUAGUGUGUGUUCUUCUGGAGUACCUAAUUUAUUUUUCAUGUUUUUAAUUUAACUGUGUAAAUGUUGUUUGUAAUGAAAGAAUAAAAGAGAUAUAGUUAUUUGUCUGUUGCUGACUGAGAGGCAAAAGGAAAAGGUCAAACAACUUGCUUGACUGUGUAUGUAAAGUCUAAUGUGCACAUACAAAGCUAGGAAUAUUGUCAGGGAUGUAAAUGUGUCAGUACUGAAGUAUUAGGAGAAGUAAAGCUUACGAUCUGUUCCAUUUUUAAUUUUUUUUUUUUUUUAAACUUAAAAAUCAAACAUGGAUCAAUGUUGUUGUGAUACUGAUAGUUUGACUGUGAUUAGUGACUGUUGUCAAGAAGUUGAUGCUGUUUUGUUUGACAAGCUUGAAAAUGCUAAAUACAUGCAGUGUAUAUGGAAACCAAAUUAACAGCAAACCUCUUAAUUACUUGUAUUGUAUUUAAUUAUAUCAUUUUUAUGUUUAAUCACUGCCAUAAUUUCAUUUUUAAACUUUUCCAUUCCUUUCUUCUUAUUGUCUCAUGUUCUGAACACAUAAAGGAAAAAAAGUCAGUUUCAUUUGUCAGUAUUUAAAACCAUCUGGUUUUAUUAAAAGUGUAUGAUAUUCCUUAUAACUCCAGUUUAUUGUCAUAGAUGCGAGUAUCAUAUUUUAUGGCACAAAGCCAUUGAAAGGUUUUGUUUAACCAUGAAACAUUAUUGAUCUCUUUAUGCUGUAUAGCUCCUGUGGGGCUUGUACUAAUGAGUAUAUUUUUGUCUUACUGAAGGCAGCCAAGAUUAAUAACAUGUUUAUUUGUAAAUAGUUGUAUUUUUAAAUAUUUUGUGAUUGUCAACUGCCCUGUGGUUGUAUGUAAGCAACCCACAGUUCAUGAAUUUUUGUGGUGAUGGUUGCAGUUAUAUUUGGGUUAUGUUGAAUGACUUUAAUCUGACAUUUUUAACUUGACUGAUCACACUGAGAGAUUACCAUAUGUGUGUGCCUUUUGAAUAUAUGUAAUUACUGAAAUAUAUGAACUAUGUGCAGUGGAUCAUUUUACUUGUGCAUUAAAACUAAAACUAUAGUUUUAACUUUGUCUUUUUCAUUUCAUGUGACUCGAAGUCAUUCCUUUCAGCUUGACUUGCUCCAGCAUUACAAUAAAUGCAUCGUUUUGCAUUUGCAUAUAAUUCUCUUAUUUUGUAACUCGGGAGAGCUGACAUUUAAUAAUGUACUUCAGUUUGUUCAGAGUACAUAGAGAAUUUCACCAGGUUAGUUAUUUGUUUUUGAUAACUAGAAUAAAAGGUCAUGAGUGUCAUAUGGCCUGUGUUCUGUGUGAAUGAUUAAUUUCUGCUGAUUGUAAUAAGGGGAAAAAUGUGGAAUGUAAAUAAGUUUUGGCCUCCAGAUAACCAUACUUCCUUAUAAACCACUGCUGAUAAGAAAAAUUAUAUUUAUAGCAUUGUUAAUGUCAUUUAAUUCAAAAGAAAUGCAUCAAUGCAGGCAAUCUGCAGAACAUACAUGUUUAUCAGGCAUCAGUAGAAAUUGAAAAAGAUGUGCACUAGAAAUUUAUAUUCUGCUACUCAAUUCUAUCUUCGGCUAAGAGUUUUAAGCAUACAACACAUUUUGAGCACUAAAGUAUAAAAUUUAAAAUCGGGCUGAUGCAUGAAGUUUGUUUCAAAAGAGGACUGUAGGACUGAUCUUUUCCAUUUUCUUAGUAGCAUGGGAAUAAUUUCCUAAAGCAGUACAAAACAAUUGUGAAAAAAACUGGCAAAAUGGUAUUUAAAGAUAAGAUGAUUUCAAAGUGCUGUUAAGUACAAAACAUUUGAAAUUCAUUAAAAAAAUCAUUGGUAGAUCAGUGCGCAUUGUAAUCAGAUUGUAAUAAUAAAAUCACUGAUUUUAAUCUUGGUAGUAGCAUACUUUUUUAA